UCAACAAUGGCCGAAAGCGGUAAGCGUGAUAUCGACGAAGUGGAAGAAGAUGACGAUGAAUGGGUCGGUCCCAUGCCGGAAGAGGCAAUCAAGACAAAAAAGAGAAAGGUGCUUGAGUUUGAAAAAAUAUACCUAGAAAACAUGCCAAAUGCUGAGUCCUACGAGAAAAGUUUCAUGCACAGAGAUGUUGUUACUCAUGUGGCAGUAUCAAAAACUGGGUUUAUCAUUACUGCUAGCUGUGAUGGACAUGUUAAAUUCUGGACCAAAAAUGAAGAUGCAGGCAUUGAGUUUGUCAAGCAUUUCAGGAGCCAUUUAGGGACAAUUGAGGACAUGUCUGUGAGCAGCCCUGGAGAUCUCUGCUGUACAAUAUCUGAUGAUAAAUCUGCGAAAGUGUUUGACGUGGUAAAUUUUGAUAUGAUUAACAUGGUGAAGCUGGACUAUGCCCCACAUACCUGUGGCUGGAUCUAUGCCUCUGGGGAUCCGGUCUCCGCCCUUGCUGUGUCAGAGAAGGAAACAGGUACCAUACACAUAUAUGAUGGCCGGGGAACAAACACUCCACUGCACAUUCUCUCGAGCAUGCAUUCAUCGCCUGUGAUGUUGAUCAGGUAUAACCCUGUGUAUGAGGUGGCAGUGUCUGCUGACAAGGACGGUAUGCUGGAGUACUGGGCCGGUCCUAAAUACGACUUCAAGUUCCCAAAGAAUGUACAAUGGAAGUACAAGACUGAUACAGAUCUUUAUAUAUUUGCUCAGAACAAGACUAUUCCUAGUGAUGUCAGUUUUUCUCCAGAUGGCAAACUGAUGGCCUCUAUAGCAAAGGAUCGAAAGGUCAGAAUCUUCAAAUUUCUAACAGGAAAAUUAUCCAAAGUUUUGGAUGAAUCUCUCAAGCAGUUUACAGAACUACAACAGAUGAAGCAGCAGUUGCCUAACAUGGAAUUUGGACGUCGUCUGGCAGUAGAGCGAGAAUAUGAGAAAACAGAAUCCUGUCACAGGUGUAGCAUAAUUUUUGAUGAGAGUGGACAUUUUGUACUUUAUGCUACUAUGCUAGGAAUCAAAGUGAUUAACCUGCACACAAACAGAUGUGUAAGAAUGCUGGGGAAGAAAGAGAAUGCACGCUUUAUGGCACUCAGCAUGUUCCAAGGCACAGGCAAAAAACGAAAGGCGGCAGUAGAUGUUGAAAUGGCAGCCUCCGAAAACCCGAUUCUACAGACCGUCAACCUCGACCCUAUACUCUUUUGUACAGCCUUCAAGAAAAACAGGUUUUACCUUUUUUCACACAGGGAACCUGAUGACAUCAAAAGCUCAGAAACAGAAAGAGAUGUGUUCAAUGAGAAACCAUCAAAAGAGGACAUGGUGUCUGCCACUCAGGACAUGUCGUACACACGGGUGUCAGAGAACUGUACCAUCCACACAACAAUGGGCGACAUCCAACUCAAAUUGUUUGCAAAGGAGUGUCCAAAGACAGUGGAGAAUUUUUGUGUUCAUGGAAAGAAUGGUUACUACAAUGGUCACAUAUUCCACAGGGUCAUCAAGGGCUUUAUGUUACAGACGGGGGACCCGGAGGGAAAUGGUACCGGUGGCGAGGCAAUAUGGGGAGGAGAGUUUGAGGAUGAGUUUCACCCUUCAUUGCGACAUGAUAGACCGUACACAGUGAGCAUGGCAAAUGCUGGACCUAACACCAAUGGUUCCCAAUUCUUCAUCACAGUCUGUCCCACUCCCUGGUUGGACAAUAAACACACAGUAUUUGGCCGUGUGGUGAAGGGCAUGGAAGUCGUACAGAACAUCGGAAAUGUAAAGACAAACCCAAAAACGGACAAACCUCAUGAUGACAUCCGAAUCAUCAGUUUUACCAUUAAAUAGUGACACGGACAUUUUGAAAUCUUAAUCCUCAUACUGUGAUGUUUCAGUCAAGAGAAUAUGAUGGAUAAAAAAAAGCUGUCAAAUGGGAUUUACAAGGAAUCAUUUACCAAUUUCUUUCAUGCAACAUGUUGUUGCAACAAAAUGUAAAGUAACAUCAUCUUACUAUAUUAUUACACUGUAUUGUGCAACAAUGGAUAAGAGAUGUGAUGGAACAGAGAGGCCUAUAGCCUUUAUGAAUGGAAUUAUAAUCCAAUAAGCUGUGAAUAGUAAAACAUUACAGGUGAGUCUCGUUAAUCCAUCCACCAUCAGCUGUGUAUAAUAUUACAUUAUAGGUGAGUCUCGUUAAUCCACCCACCAUCAGCUGUGUAUAGUAUUACAGGUGAGUCUCGUUAAUCCACCCACCAUCUGCUGUGUAUAGUAUUACAGGUGAGUCUCGUUAAUCCACCCACCAUCAGCCAGUGUCUCUGUAUUCAGUUCGGAUAUUUACUGUGUCCCAACAGUCCUGCCAUCUCACCUGUACACACAUUUUUGACAUUACUUUCCUCGUGUGAACAAUCCAGCCAUCUCAUCUAUACAUGAUUUCUAUUCACUGUUUUUGAAAAUAUGAUUUAAUUGAUUAAGUGAGUAUUCUCUCAAGUAUAUAGUAUAACUCACUGAAUUCAAUUAAGUUUAUAAUUAUCAAAGCUGGAUAUCAAAAUGCCUUAUUAUCAGCUCAUUUGUGAUAGGAUUAGGGAGAAUCAACUGUUCUGUGAUGCUUUUCCCAAUAACGAGGAGCAAAAAUUACUAUCUCAGAUUUGUUGAGCUGCAAUUUAGUAAAAUAACAAGAAAAUUACCUGGGUGACUGGUGUUUCACUUCAAGACAUCUUCUUUUUCAAUUUGUAUAUAUAUUUUUUUUUUUUAGGUCACCUGAGCUUUGCUCAAGUGACCUAUUCCAAUCGCU